AUGUUCGACUACCGCGGCUGCCGGCAGCGGGACGCCGCCGCCACGCGCGCGCUCGCUUCGACACCCGCCUCGUCGCUUCCAAGAAACCACCGCAACGGCUCCGCCAUGGAGGACCUCCUGCUGCGCCAUGCCAGCAACGGCCGCCUCUCGAGGCCGGCGCCACCCCGCCGCCUCCACGUCGCUGCCGUCGCGCUAAGGUCCGGGCCCAGCAGCAGCCUCGCCAUACCGGGCUUCCCGCCCGCGACGGCACCGGCACCUGCCCCGGAGCACGUGCUACCGUCGCCGCCCGUCGCCGCGGACGCCGCGGCCGUCCUGCUGGAGGUGGGCGUGCCGCGAGGAGGACCUCCGCCGCGCGGCGGGGAUGUGCCCGGAGCCGAUGUCCGUGCCGGUCGAGACCAUCGCCGCCGCGCUGCGGUUCCCGACGGACGAGGCCGGGGUGCCCGCCGACGACCUCCCCGCGCGUCGCUGCGGCGGCGCCCGCGCCUGCUCGUGUCCCCGGUCGCCGCGCGGCUCCGGCCCACGCUCUACUUCCUCCGCGCGCUCGGCGUGCCGGACAUCCACCGCCUGCAUGCUCGUCGCCGAGCUCUUCCGCCGCAUUUCCUCGAACACCUAGCGCGCGUGCGUGAGGGGAGGCCGGCGGCGACCGCGGCGCGGCAGGCGACGCGCGCGCGGGCUCCUCCCGGCGAGGCGCGCGGCGGCCGGGGAGGCGAGGGAGGGAGGGGAGGGUGUGCUCACCUCGGUGAGGGCGACGGCGGCGGGGAGAGGAAAAAAGAAAACACCAACACCUUCUUCUGUCCUCCCACAGUCCCACUACAACAUUCCGGUCCCCUUCCCUGCUCCCAUUAUCUGCUUCUCCCAUCGAUCCGCCGCCGGUGGCAAACCUCACAAAUAACGACACUGGAUACGGCGGCGGCGACGAGCUGCGAGGGCUCUCUGUGCCGCACAGCCGGGGACGGCCGACGAAUGCGGGGGUCGAUGGUAGGACGGCGGCGAUCUCCAGGCGAGCUGCAGCAGCUCCAAAUGGCGGACGAGGCGGCGGCGAGCUCGAUGCAAGCGGCGGCGGCGCUGGCCUCCCUCCAUCUCCCGCAACCAGCAACUGACCGCCAAGAUCGGAGAUAUUUCGGGAGAGGGGCACACAUAAAGCGCAAGGCCAAGCGGAAGCGGGGCUUUGUUGCGGGCGGAGCAGGCAGAGCGGACUCUGUCGGGCUGCCUCCCAGGCAUCUUGGUCAUCGCCAGUCAAUCCGCAGGAAAGGAGUUGGAUCCAUGAAUGAAGCGUUACAGGGUGAAGUGGGCAUCAGGAGCCGUUUCAGUGCAUUACGCAUUCGGCAGAUUAUGCGGGGUCUUACACCCCGGCAGCAGGGAUAUGUUGCAAAGUAUGGAUUUGCGCAUUUCAACCGCAUUGGGAAGUUCACUGUCCACGAGCCACUGGCUGAGUGGAUAAUGGGGAAAAUAAACCCUCCAUUCUCUGAGUUCAGAAUUAACGCCGACAAGACAAUAGUUUUCACCAAGUCCCUUGUUCAGAAAAUUUUGGGUGUACCGUCAGGGGGAAGACCCAUUGUGCUGCACGGAGAGAAGACGGACAAAAUCGAGGAACUACGAGCUCUGUACUUAAAUAACGGACUAAGGGCAUCCAUCCCCCAUGCUGUUAGUUUGCUUAAGAACAACGAGGACGAAGAGUCCUUCAUGAGGACAUUUUUUCUUAUUGCACUUGCAGCAGUGCUCACCCCCACCACUGGAAAUACAAUAGAUCUUGACUACCUGUGGCCCCUUGAAGAUAUGUCAAAGGUUCAGGACCUCGAUUGGGCUGUCCAUAUCACGGAGCAUCUGAUGGACGACGUCCAGAAAUUUCAGUUCAAGUCCAGGGAGGAAAAAAAGACCAACUUCUGGGUUGGCGGGUGCUUGCCUUUGCUGAUGAUUGCUUACAUGGACCACCUGGAUCUUCCUAGAGGGCGAAUUGUAGACCGUGAAAUUAACUACUCAGUGCCUAGGAUCUGCCAUGUUUCUAAGCAUGAUUUCCAAUUUAUCGCAAUUGCUGACCUGCAUCGCCAACAUUACAAGUUUGCCACAUUUGGAAUACUUCCUUUCCGUAAAAGAACACCGUACACUGAUAAUCCAAAAACCGAGACAGAAGUAGCAGAAGAUGAUCUUCAUAUUUUCUCAAAGGAUCAAGUCUUACCAGGGCAAUGUGAUCUUAAAGUAGAUGAGGAAAAAAUAAAUGAACUUACACAGGAAAUCCAACCUGAAAUCCUUCGGUUUACAGAAGCAAGCAUCCAUCAUUCCCCUUUUGGAAGAACUGAUGUUUGCUCAAAUCAAGGAACUAAAAAAUCCUCUAGCUGUGGAAGGGGCAGUUCUAGCCAGAAUACUACAAAGGCGGCUCUGACACCCUCUUCAUCUGAGAAAUCAGAAGAAGACAAUGCUCGAGAAUACAAAUCUUUUGAGUCGGAUGAUCAUCCAACACCUCCAGAAGCUGAUUAUGGGGUAAUAUUUAGGAGCUGUCUAUCUGGAGCACAGAUGGAGAAAGUAAACCCUCUUAUCCAGAAGAUUCAACCAGAAGCUAUUGUAUUCGUAGCUACCAUGAGGAACUGCGAUGUUCAACUACCUAGUCCUCUUCUGAUCAUUUCGAAGGAACGCGCCUUAGCCACAGCUGCACACUUUCCGGAUGAAAAUGGGACUGUCACACUUCAGGUGCUGGGCAAGAGUGAGAAGUGGCGGCCGAGAUUCUUCAUAGAAAAAGGCACGUGCAUGCUUGCAGGCAACUGGUUGGACUUCGUGUGUGACAACCAAGUGCAGGUGGGCGACAUCUGCAUCUUCGUACCGGCAAAGGGCGGGGAAAGUUCCGCAUUCAUGGUCCAUAUAAUUCGUGCUGAAGUUACUCAUCCUAGGGCUGUUAAAAGGGUUCGCUCAAGCCAUGAUUCUUCGGUUGAUGGGGAGGAAUGACAAACCCAGAUGUCGACUCGGAAUGGCAAGAGACUGAUGGCUGUUAAAGGUUAUAGCGACUUUGUAGAGAGCAACGCAGGGACAUGUGUCUGUUUGAAUUGAUGGGGAGGAAUCAGGAGCAAACCUACCACAGUCCAAUGUUGUUUUCGUAGACCAGUUCUAGUUUGUGAAACAGAAUGAUGAGAAUUAGGCAAGUAGCGUGUAGAAGCUAUUCCUGUUGGUGCCCUGUGCGUCUUUGGCAUGUUUUCUACUCUCUAAUCAAGGUAUGCAUAAGGCUGACAUAUUUUGGGCUUCUAGCUCAGCUUCUAGACUUGUUAAAUUCAAGUUUUUUUUCCAGUA